AUGUACUCAGACACUCCUCAGAGAAAGAGGAAGAGAGCUGUAGAGGGAUGCAGCCAGUGUGUCAAAGAGGCAACAAGCAAUGUUCCCAACACUGACGCCCCUGCAAGGAAGAAGAGGAAGGGGCCAGUGAACCGUCCAAAGAGAAUAACUCAGGGACAGAGGAAAGCCAAUGAGCCAGAAACCUUUGACUCCUGCUAUGAGGUUGGAGACAAACUGGGUGAAGGAUGCUUUGGCUCUGUCUAUGAAGGAAGACAUGUUUCUGAUGGCCUACAGGUGGCCAUCAAAUUUGUCUCGAAAUGGGAAACUGGUCGAUGUCUCUACAGCCCUGUUGAGUCCAAGGUUCUGCCUGUGGAAGUGACUCUCCUGCAGAUAAUGAGCCAGCCUCCCAUCUGCAAGAACAUAGUUCAGCUAAUUGAAUGGUUUGACGAGCUGGACAGAUACAUCCUGAUCCUGGAGCGCCCCCACCCUUGUGUGGACUUAGAGAGUUUCAUGGAAAACCUUGGAAAUUGCCUGGAUGAAGAGAUGGCCCGAGCCGUAAUGGUCCAAGUAGUGGAGGCAGCGAGCCAGUGCAGCAAGCGAGGUGUCCUGCAUCGGGAUAUGAAAGGGGAGAACUUCCUGAUCAACACGGACACCUCAGAGGUCAAACUUAUUGACUUUGGCUGCGGUGACCUGAUUAAGACAACUGAAUAUGACAGCUAUGCAGGCACGCUUCUGUACUGUCCUCCUGAGGUUUUUGUUAGUGGGAAGUAUCACGCUGAUCCUGCAACAGUUUGGUCGCUUGGUGUCCUACUGUUCAGGAUGGUUUGUGGAUACCUUCCCUUUGCUCACCAUAUGCAGACCAUGGCAGGGAUUUUCAACGUCAAGGACGGCCUUUCUAAAGAAUGCUGUAAUCUGAUUGGCUGGUGCUUGGAGCGCUGCCCAUACCAGCGGCCUAGUUUGCAGCAGAUAACGGAGCAUGAGUGGUUCCAGUCCACCAACCAGGCCUAG